ACCUAUGACUUCAACAACUCAGCGCCCAUUGCUCGUCGGAUGACACUUUAAAUCAGCCGUAUUUUUCAGGUCCAGGUAUUGCACCACGGCGAUGACCUGAUGUCUCUGGCGUGACUUUCUACCGAAGAGCUUCUUCGAUGAUCUACGCAGCAUAACCAGGAUAAACAUGGGCCUUCUCACAUCUUUGCGGGAUGAACGGCUCAUCUUUGUCGGCCUUGGCUUGGCCACGGUCAGCUUCGUUGGCAUGAUGCGUCUCAUUUUGACCCACUAUCGCGACGAGGCUGAGAUCAGGCCAAAGUCUCCAAAGACUCAGUACAUCACUCAAGCAACCGAGGAUGCAUUAGAUCUUCAGACAAUCAGCAGUCUCUUAGAUCAUUAUAACCCUACCAUUCGGGACACGGCGACCAAGAUUGUCGUUGGCAGGGCAGUUAACGAUGGCGACACAAUUCGCCACUUACUAAGAGGCAUCAUGCAGGCGAGUUACGAUGUACGGGAGAAGUACUUGCGAGCCUUGACAUUCGCUAUGGAAGACAGGGAUACCAAUCAGGACCAGCUUAAACCUCUAAAUACACCAGACGGCUAUCGCGCAAUUGUACGAUCCCUGGAGCACAGCCUUAAUGACAGAGCACGUAACAACAUCAACGACCUCUUAUGGGAUGAAUACCAGCUUCGUGAUGUCAACGAGAGGCGUUGCAUCAUGCUCAUUCAACAGCUCCUCCACAGAUAUACAAGUAGUGUCAAAUUUCUGAUGGACGCCAAUUUUGUUGAAAGAUGGCUUAUCAAGCAAGGUUGGGGUGACACGGAUGAAGACAAGCACACCAAUUUUACGAACUACAUACAUCGAAGGAAAAACCGCCUCAGCGAUAUUUGUGCUCAGCUUCUUAGGACAAAAGACGGCCGCAAAGCAUUGAGGCAGAGUAAGCUCAUUCACGGCAGAGGUCGUGGUAGCCCAUACGAUGGUUCCGACAAUGGUGGCAUCAAAGUCAUUCUGGAAAUUAGCAUGCAGAACGAGGAUGAGAAUGGAGAGAUUCAUCAGGAGAGUUUCCAGGCCGAGCUAGUGCCGCGAAAUCUGAUCCAGAGUGAUGAAGAACAGCGGCGACGAAGGCGACACAGGGAGGCUAUAGUACUCAAUGACGGUACACACUCAUUGGGCAGAGGAGAUAUAAUCGAAAGAGAGCAUGAGUCGGAAGCUUCUUAAGUGGCUUCCAAACUCUGGAAGCACUUUUCUUGUCAUGAAAAUCCACACAACGUUGGGGAACUUUUGAGCGAGAGAUAAUCUCGUCAGCGAGUGGCCAAAUGCACCAAGGUUUUUGGUCGUACAUGCUGGAAACGUUAGAACCUAGAACGUCACAGCGUUUGUAGCAUAUGUACCUGUUUUAGCCUAAGCUGUGAAUGCUCUCAGAGUAGAUCUGGUGACACAGAAUCGCUCACAGGGAGCCGGGUCGGGCAUCAAAGAACCUUGGAGCACUCAGCCCCCUGCUUUUAGGUGUUCUACGUCUGGUACUCUACAAUCUUAUGAUACUGCUACAAUCCAAGCCUCAAAGUGCAAGCUGUCAUUGCUUCGAUUCCGACCAUUCAAGUUGCUG